AUGUUGAAGUUACUAGCGCUACUAGCGGUAUCGAUUUCCGUCUGCGUGUCCCAGGAUGCGAGUCGACCAAUAAUCACCACGACCGGUGGUCAGGUUCAGGGAAUAACCUCCAGCUGUGGUCUGUUUUGCAGUUAUUUCCAGUUCAAUGGAAUACCGUUCGCUGAACCACCAAUCGGUGAUCUACGCUUCCGGAAUCCUGUGCCUCACGGCGGUUGGACAGGAGUUCGCGAUGGAACGGAGUUCGGGAGCAACUGUGCUCAGUUCAGUCCCCUUAGCGAAUACUCCGGAAACGAGGAUUGCCUUUUCCUGAACGUCUAUACGCAAAACAUAAUCGGAUCACGACCGGUUAUGGUGUGGAUCCAUGGUGGAGCUUUUGUUUUGGGUUCCGGGGAUGCAAGAAUAUACGGACCAGAGCACUUGAUUACGGAGAACGUGGUAGUCGUUUCGAUUAACUAUCGGUUGGGAAUUUUCGGAUUCUUCAGUACGGGAGACACACACGCUCAAGGAAACUGGGGUUUAAAAGAUUGCGUUGAAGCUUUGCGAUGGGUUCGUGAUAAUAUUGCCGCUUUUGGCGGAGACCCGAAUAACGUUACGAUCUUCGGUGAAAGUGCCGGAGGAGUUUUGGUUCAUUUCUUGGUGAUGUCUUCGAUGGCUACUGGAUUGUUUCAUAAGGCGAUUGCUCAAUCUGGAACAGCCCUGGUUCCAUGGGGUUUCCAAUACAACCCAGUGGAAAUGUCUCGAAACAUUGCCGACGCAUUUGGAUAUCCACACGACACUGAAGAACUGACGCGUCUUCUACGGUACACACCAAUUUCAGAUUUUAUAGAUCUCCAAAGAGGCUUAACCGACAUUCCUAUUCCACGGGGUUUCAAACCUUUCGAGUAUGUCCCUAGUGCAGAACCGGUAAAUUCCCCCGAACCCACAUUUAUAACUCAACGUCCAAUUGAAAUUCUGCACUCCGGGUCCUUCAAUCAUGUUCCGUUUAUGAUCGGUUACACAAGUAUAGAAAGUUUGUUCAUGGUUCGCGAGCAUUUCCUAGAUUCAACCGUUUGGAACGAAUUUACCCGCAAUCCAGGGUUUUUCGUGCCGCACUUCUGGAACAUUCCAGCAGGCACUACUGAGGCCAAUGCAGUCAGUCAAGCAUUCCGCGAUUUCUAUUGGCAAGAUCGCGCUCUAGGACCAGAUAUUAUGCUGGAGUGGUGCAAAUUUCAUACCGAUCAGCAGUUCAUCUAUGCUGUGGACAAGUCAACCCGCCUAACGGCAGCGGCAAAUUCGCAACCUACCUUCUACUAUCAGUUUAGCUUCGAUGGCGAUUUGAACCUCAUCAAACGGCUUCUACUGCUGACGGACUUCCCUGGAGCAAUGCAUGCAGAUGAGCUUCCUUACCUAUUUUCUAUCACCAAUCUUCCCGUGACGCCAAUACUCCCAGGAAAUCAUGCCCUUACCGUCCGUCAACGCAUGGUUCGUCUGUGGACCAAUUUUGCUAUUACCGGACACCCUACGCCUAACUCCGACACAGAUCUACAGAACGUUAUAUGGGCUCCGAUUCAGGGCGGCAACAUGGCUUAUCUGGAUAUUGGUCACGACCUUGUUGCAAGCCACCACCCGAAUCAGGACCGUAUCGACCUGUGGAGCGAUCUAGAGGAACGAUAUGCCAACGAUCCAUUCUACUAUCCGUAUCAGUAG